AUGCCAGCAGGAGAAAAGAAAGAAAGUUCACACGAGAAGCCGAAACUCAGUGACUUUAAGCUUCUACGCACAUUGGGCACUGGAUCAUUUGGACGUGUGCACUUGACCCAGUCGAAGCAUAACAACCGAUUCUAUGCACUUAAAGUAUUGAAGAAAUCCGAAAUCGUGCGCCUACGGCAGAUUGAACACACUAACAGCGAACGUGAAGUACUUAUUCACAUUACACAACCGUUCAUUGUGAAUUUGUGGGACACCUUCCAGGAUGACGCUAAUUUGUAUAUGGUGAUGGAUUACGUCCCCGGGGGAGAAUUAUUCACAUUAUUACGAAAGAGCAAGCGAUUUUCGGAUGAUUUGGCUCGCUUUUAUGCAGGCGAAGUACUGCUGGCGUUGGCUUAUUUGCACAGCAAAGACUUUGUCUAUCGUGAUCUAAAACCGGAAAACUUGUUGUUGGAUGCCGACGGUCACAUCAAAAUCACUGAUUUUGGUUUUGCAAAAUACGUACCCGAUAUUACAUGGACGUUAUGUGGCACUCCCGACUAUCUUGCUCCUGAAAUCAUCCAGUCCAAAGGCUACGGUAAAGCAGUAGACUACUGGUCGCUUGGCGUGCUCAUCUACGAAAUGCUGGCGGGGUAUCCGCCGUUCUACGAUGAAAGUCAGUUCAAGUUGUACGAAAAGAUCGUCAUGUCUAAACCCAAGUUUCCUUCCUUUUUCAAUCCUGCGGCUGUGGAUCUGCUGCAGCAUCUCUUGACCGCGGAUUUGAGUAGCCGGUACGGCAAUCUUCGACGAGGCUCACGUGAUGUGUUUGAACACGAAUGGUUUGCGCCGAUCGAUUUCGAACAGCUUGCCCAACGAAAAAUCAAGCCACCUUAUACACCCAAAAUAUCAGGCGAUGGCGAUGCAAGCAAUUUUGAAAAGUACGAUGAGCUCAAGAACCCUUAUGGCAUUGCUCAGGCCGAUCCUUUUCGCAAAUAUUUUCCCAAUUUUUAA